AUGGGCACAAACGCUUUAGCGGCAUCCUCGCAUCUCUCGAGCACGAGUACACGGCAGCAUCCUCGUUUUCAUCUUCGUCGCGCUGCGAAAACGCAUUCGUCCUCCUCUCUGUACCGUCCGUGUCGUGGCACUUUUCAUCGGGGGCGUAUCUUUUGCGCUUCCGAUGAUGAUGAAAACAACAACAACAACAAAAACGUGCUCUCCUUCCUGUGUCCGUUGCUAAAACUCAUCGGCGGUGGCGAUGCCGCUAAACCGAGAAACAGAACGUUAGAAGUUGCCACUUCUGGGUUCGCCUCUAUCGCGCGAAUUCAAUACGGGAAGACUGUUUUAGAAGAAUGCAUUCAGAGGAGGAAACAACAACCGAAGUUAAUUUUAUACGAAUUUGAGGCGUGCCCGUUUUGCCGUCGCGUGAGAGAAACACUCUCGAUGUUAGAUUUAGAUUGCGAGAUACGACCGUGUCCGAAAGACGGUCGAUUUAGAAAAGAAGUAUUAGAGAGAGGCGGGAAAGAAACAUUCCCGUAUUUCGUGGACGAAACAUCCGGAAAGGAGAUGUACGAGAGCGCUGAUAUUGUAAACUAUUUAUACGAGAAGUACGGUAACGGAGCGCGAGUGCCGGAGAAUUAUUUCACAAGCACGCUCAUCACGGGAUGGAUGCCGACACUUUUUCGUGCCGGUAGAGGAAUGACGAAAUACGAGCCGAGAAAGGAAGGCUUCGUGAAGCCGCAGUCCGGAAACAUCGAGCUGUUUAAUUACGAGAACAAUCAGUUCGCGCGAUUGUGCCGAGAGGCGUUGUGUGAGUUAGAAUUACCGUAUACGUUGCGCAAUGUGGGCGCUGGGUCGCCAAAAAGAGAAACGUUGACCGAAGCUGGUGGGAAAUCUGUCCCAUUUCUUAUCGACGGAGAUGUGAAGAUUGGCGAGAGCGAUGAGAUUGUCGCGUAUUUGUUUGAAAAGUACGGUGGCGGAUACGUCCCAGAAAAACAAGGAGCGUAA